AUGGAGGACAAACAGAAGCUCGUCGAGGCCGAGUCGGUCAAGAAGUUCGCCUUCUUCGGAGUGGCCGUCAGCACCAUCGCCACCUUGACCGCCAUCGUCGCCGUGCCGAUGCUUUGCAUGUACAUGCAAAACGUCCAGUCCGGCCUUCAGGAUGAGCUGAACUUCUGCCGCACCCGCGCUGAGGGACUUCGCGGCGAGUACUCCAAGCUCGAGUCGUACCGCAGCGGCGAGAAGGAGCGCGAGAAGCGUCAGGCCUCGUACCAGUGCUGCUCUUGCGGAGUUGGCCAGGCCGGUCCCCCCGGAGCCCCUGGACAGGACGGAGCCCCCGGAAACGACGGUCGCCCCGGAUCUCCCGGAUCCAACGGCCCCGACGCCCAGGACGACUCUGCCAAGCCCACCCGUGACGACUUCUGCUUCAUCUGCCCCAAGGGACCCGCUGGCCCCGCUGGAUCCCCAGGACCCAAGGGACCCAACGGACAGCCCGGAGAGCCCGGAGACAACGGACCCGCUGGACGCCCCGGAACUGCUGGACCCCCCGGACCUCCCGGAGCCCCUGGAGCCCCAGGAAACCCCGGAAACCAGGGACCUCCCGGUGCCCCCGGCCAGACCCGCACCGUCCCCUCGCCUCCUGGACCCCCCGGAGCCCCUGGACAGCCCGGACCCCAAGGACCCCCCGGCCCCGAUGGCAAGCCCGGAAACCCCGGACGCGACGGACAGCCCGGACCUAUGGGAGAUGCUGGCAGCGAUGGACAGCCCGGAAACCCCGGAGCCCCCGGCGAGAACGGACAGGCUGGAGCCGAUGGACCCAAGGGAUCUUGCGACCACUGCCCGCCACCCAGGACCGCCCCCGGAUAU